AUGCCUUAUGACAGAGAUCCAGGAGAGUCAACAGGAAACAGCCCUAAGAUCGGUGGCAACAGAACUAAACAUCCAGGAUCAACAAUAGAAAAGGUCAAGAAAACACCACGGGAAGAGUUACUUUCUAUCCCCUAUAGCCCCUGCUACCCUAUGGUACCCUCUGUUGUAAUCAAGUGGCUAAUGCAGCUGAUACCUUACAUUCUCCUCUUCUACUUUUUCUUCAAUAUGUUCAAGCAUGAGCAGACUUUGUCCAUCCAGAAAACAUUUCUUCUGUUUGAAAGGAGUGAUGCUUGGUUAUAUGCAUCUUCUGAAGUGAAUAUGACAUAUGAACAGGCCAGGAAAUAUUGUCAGGAGAGAUAUACAGACCUGGUUGCCAUUCAAAACAAGAAUGAAAUCGAGUACCUAAAUAGAACAUUAAGAUUCUCCCCAAGUUACUACUGGAUUGGAAUCAGAAAAAUCAAUGGUGUCUGGACCUGGGUGGGAACACAGAAGCCACUGACCAAAGAGGCCAUGAACUGGGCUCCUAACGAACCCAACAAUAAGCAAAAUAAUGAGGACUGUGUGGAGAUCUAUAUCAAGCGGAAAAAAGAUUCAGGCAUGUGGAAUGAUGAGAGAUGCACUAAAGAGAAGCUGGCCUUGUGUUAUACAGCCUCCUGUACCAGCAAUUCCUGCAAUGGCCACGGGGAGUGUGUGGAGACCAUCAACAAUUUUACUUGCCAGUGCUAUCCAGGGUUCACUGGUUCCCAGUGUGAGCACGUUGUGACCUGUGAAUCUCAGGCCAAUCCUGAGCAUGGUGUCCUGAUGUGCAGCCAUCCAGUGGGUUAUUUCAAUUCUUCCUGCUCUGUCAGUUGUGAAGAAGGCUACAUCCCAACCAGUGCUAACUCAGUGCAAUGUACUUCUUCUGGAAAAUGGAGUGGACCGAGCCCUACCUGUAAAGUGGUAGAGUGUGAUGCACUAACAAGUCCUGCUCAUGGGUCCAUGAAUUGCUCCCAAAGCCCUGGAAUCUUUCCAUGGAAUACAACCUGUGUGUUUGACUGCGACUCUGGAUUUGAGCUAACAGGUUCCAAGAGGCUUCUUUGUAACUCAUCUGGGAAGUGGGAUAUGGAGAAACCAAUGUGUAAAGCCAUGAAAUGUAAUGCUCCCAGCCAGCUCCCCAAUGGCUCUGUGAAGUGUGUCCAUUCCCCCAUUGGAGACUUCACCUACCAGUCCAUCUGUAGUUUCAGUUGUGAGGAAGGCUUUAAACUUCAAGGAUCACCCCAGCUUGAGUGCACAGCUCAGGGGCAGUGGACACAGCAAUUCCCAACCUGUGAAGCUAUACAGUGUAAAGUACCUUCCAGGCCAGAGAGAGGCUACAUGGAUUGCCUUCCUAGUCUUUCUGGAACUUUUCAAAGCGGCUCCAGUUGUGAGUUCUCUUGUGAAGAAGGAUUUAUGUUGAAAGGAUCCAAGAGACUCCAGUGUGACUUAACAGGACAAUGGGACAAGGAGGAGCCCACGUGUGAAGUUAUGAAAUGUGAUGCUGUGAGACAGCCCCAGAAUGGCUUUAUGAAAUGUGCGCUCCCUACUGGAGACUUCACUUACCAGUCAGUCUGUAGCUUCAGCUGUGAGAAAGGCUUUGAACUGCAAGGAUCAUCCCAACUUGAAUGCUCAGCUCACGGGCAGUGGACACAGCAAAUGCCAACCUGUGAAGCCAUGAAAUGUGAUGCUGUGAGCCAGCCCCAGAAUGGCUUUAUGAAAUGCGCCCAUUCCUCUACUGGAGACUUCACUUACCAGUCAACCUGUAGCUUCAGCUGUGAGGAAGGUUUUGCAUUGCAAGGAUCACCCCAACUUGAAUGUACAGCCCAGGGGCAAUGGAUGCAACAAAUGCCAACCUGUGAAGUGGUACAAUGCCCUAUCCUGAAAGUUCCUAAGGAGAUCAACAUGACCUGUCAUGGAGAUGGGAAUUUCCUCUAUGGCACAAGAUGUGCUUUUGAAUGCCCUGAGGGAUGGAAACUCAAUGGCUCACAUUCCUUGGCUUGCAAAGCCACAGGAAGCUGGUCUGGGAUGCUACCUUCCUGUGAAGCACCUGAGAAAUCAAAUACUUCCAUGGUCGUUGGUCUGGCCACCAGUGGGACCUUCCUCUUGUCGACAGCAUCAUUUCUUCUCUGGCUUAUAAAACGUCUUCGUAAUAAAGCAAAGAAAUUUAAUCCUGCUAGUAGCUGCCAAACUCUUGAUUUAGAUGGAGUAUACCAAGCGUCUUCUGAAUUAGUUUAAAUCCAACAGGAAUCAGAAACUGAAAAUGCUUCUACCAGUGUGUCCUAGGAAACUAGGCUUCUCAGCCAUGUGCCUAGCCAGUGGACACAUCUCUUCUCAAGAGGAAAAUCUUCCUUGGAUCACCGGUUUUUCCAAGCCUAAAAAUCAUAACCCUGGCAUCCAUAAGGAUUCUCUGUUGGCCAGGUCUAAGUGACAAGUGACCUGGCUUUCUAGUGGGAAGAGUCCGCUUCCAUUUAGUAUAUGCUUCAAAAUAAGAAGAUGGGUGGUCUUAUAAUAGAUUGACCAACUCCUGAGCCAUUGAUAAGCCCUUAUAAAAAAAAACCCAGAAACUGUUGCAUUGGAAUGACAUUCCUAGAUAUCUCCAUGCAUGAACUCAGUGGAGACCCAACUUUGAAGUUCUUUGGUUCUUCACAAAUGGUAUAUGCCCUGAUAGUUUCUUUCAGAAUAUAGGUGAACAUAUUGUGAGGUAAUGAUAUUUAAAUUGUAAGGUGCCAUGUAAAUAGGAAUAAGUAUUAUACCUUGUCAAAUAUUCAGAAGACCUUCCCCAUCCCAUAGAAAUUCUGAUAAUUAAAUAGUGAAAAUAAAUUCUGUCGUUUCAAAUGCUCCAAGUGAGACAAUUUUGACAUGAGCUUUAAAAAAUGAGAACCAUAUUCAUUCCAAUUGAACAAUCUGUAUUGGGAUGGAGGUUCAUUAUCUGAGACAGUUUUAUUACUUACCAAAAUAUGCUUAGAGAUUUUUGGGUGAUUUUUUUUUAACUAUUUGAGAUCAACUAUAUGGAAUGUUAAAAUUAUCUCAAUAGUGAUUUUUGGGACAGCACAAUGGAUAGAGUGCCAGAAGUCAGGAAUCUUACUAAAUUCAAAUCUGGCUUCACAUACUUACUGUCACUUAUUCCUGUUUGUCUCAGUUUUUUCAUCUGUAAAAUGAGCUGGAGAAAUGACAAAUUGUUCCUAAAGUAUCUUUGCAAAAACAACAACAACAACAAACAAACAAACCAAAACAGCAAAAAACCCAAAAGGAGUUACAAAGUUGGACAUGACUUAGAUUGAACAACAACAGUAAUACUGCUUACAAAACAAACCCCCCAAAUAGGUUUAAAAAAAUCUGCACAGCACUCCCAGCAAGAUGGUGAGUGAUAUUAACUUAUCUUCCUGGUAUUAGCUAUAUCCCUGCAGAACUUUCAGUCCUUGUUUUUUCCCCAGCAGAAAUCUAAGCCAGUGUAUCUAUGAGCUUUUCAUUUCUCCAGAAUGCUGAUGAAGGGUCCCUUCUAUAAUUGUGUUCUCUUUUCACUAUUCUUUCCAAUAUAAAGAGUCAAAACAGCUCUCACUGUAUAAAUGGUAUAUAUGGUUUUGUAUCUCUUUUUUCCCCAGAAACUUGUAUAUCUUUUGCUUUGUUAUUUCUUCAGAGAUGUUAAGAAAUAAGCAAUUUUAGCAUUUUCAUGUAGGGAAAAAAUACGGUUCCAGGAUGUUGAAUGUUUGACAUUGAAAAACAAAUAGAGGUACAAUUUUAAGGAUAAUUAAAUGAUAAUGUUGGGUGUGUUCUAUUUUAUGUCAAAGAUGAAUGUGAUUUGCAAUUGCCUUCUUAAUAUGAUCUUUGUAAAUUGAAUUGUAUUUUAUGUGCAAAAGGAUAACAAUGUUUAAUGUAUAUUGUAAUAGAAUAUACAGCAAAGUGAAACUGUCUUAUGAAAGAUGCUCAUUCCUCAACUUUCUGUUUUGUAAAUUGGGAGUUUGUCCACAGACAUAUGAAAAUGUUUGUUAUACGCAGAGAAAAUUUCCCAAUUGCCGAUUCCCUAUUGAUGGCCCGAAAACCUGAAACAGUGACCACCACCUUGGUUUCCUGAUUGUCUUAGAACUUCUAUGUGAGAGAUGAGGUUUUCUGUAUUUCUAUGCUUUCACCAUAAUAUUGUGCAUAUUGGGGAAUACUAUGCUAGGGAAAUGGGGCAUUUUGCAAAUAGUUGGACUAAAAGUCAAUUUGGUAUGAAGUUGGGAAUCUGCAGACAAAGUAAAAGCACACAGAAGGUUGUUCCAACCAAUAUAAUUUUAUGAUAACAUCUUAUGAGCAAGCGUCACUGUAAAGCUGUAAAACUUGCUUUUAACAAUAGUGUUUUGUAAACAUUAAAGUGUUAUAUAAAUACUAACUAUUUUUAUUAGUAACAGCCUUUGGCUGACUGACUAUAUCAUUCCUAUGGAAUGAAUUGUCAUCGGUAAUGUAAUUGUCUAACAUGGAGUUUUUGUAGAAUCCAUUUGUGGUAUUAGGUAGAUUAUGCCUAUACUAAACCAGAACCUUUUUUUGGGGGGGGGGCAGAUAGGAGAAGGAGAAUUUAUUGUGUUCAUGUUGUAUUAUGAAUGAUUAUGUUUCUUGACAUUUUAAAAUUUUGUUCACAAAUAAGUAUGUAUGUGUGCAAAAUACUUGUAUUGAAUAAUGUGUAUGAGCUUUUUGGAUUUUGUGGAGAUUUUAUAAUAUGACUUUUAACAAUAAAUGUUUUAAAUAUUUAUUUAUA